CACGCGUUAUUUUUACCGACUCGAUGUAAUUUCCUAGAGAAGUGCGAUGUAAUGGGUUCGUCUUGGUAUUUUGACGAGACAGAAAUUAGCUCAGAUGACCCAGGGCAUUCGUCACCAGACAGCCUUUCUUUCAAUGGAAGGCUCUUUAAUUAUCCAGUUGGUUCUAUGUCCAACCUUGCAGCAAAGGGUAUUGUUUAUGUUGACUCAGACCCAGAGGAAGUUGAUGAUCUUGAUGUUCCAGAUAGCACUUGUGGAGAUCAUGGAAUAUUGGUUGAGAGCGAUCCACAAAAUACAACAUUUCAGAUAGUUAACACCAGGAUACAUGAUGAAAACAAGCAUGUGAUUUAUUGUGUGAUGGUUUUGAGACAGGAUUUGGGCAUAGACAGAGACAAAGUCAUGGUAGAAAGACGAUACUCUGACUUUGCUACUCUUUACAAAACACUCAGGAAAGACCUCUCCUCUCUGUUCAAAGACAUUGGUGUCAAUUUUCCUGGAAAAGUGAUGGGACAAAAGAAUAAUCUCAACCCUGAAUUAAUUGAAUCCAGGCGCAUGGCUCUUCAAGAUUUCCUACAGAUUAUUUUCAAACACAAGGAAGUACGGCAACAACAAGCUUUCAAAGAAUUCUUUUACCUGCCAGGAUUGAGAGAGGCAACAGACAGUCUUAAGGCAGGUGAAUUUGAAAAUUGCCUUGAGUUGCUGUUAAACAGUGUUCAUCUUCAAGUUAAGCUGUGUGAUAAAGUGGGAGAGACUGUUGCUACUUUUGGGGCAAUUGUUGCUGUACUUGAGGCUCUAGGUAAACUGAAAGAUGCUGAACGCUAUGCAAAAGCAGCACUAGACUUGAACCAUGAUGAUUAUCUAAGCCCUUACAUGAUCCCCUUGCUGGACACAGUGGCAAAAUUAGGAAGGAAGUUGGACAUGAACACAAAAACCAUAGAGAGACAAUUAAGUGAAGUUCAAAUAAUGAAUGGAGUGGAGGUUGAAGAUACUUUAACACUGCGAGAACUUGCUGUUAAAAGAUUCGAAAAAGUCAAGUGAUCCACAUAAUGUUCAAAGUGUUGCUUAGAUUGUGUAGUCUGAUUGUCUGGGUGAAAGAAGUUCUGAGAAGGACUGUUGUCAUUAGAAGUGGCUGAUGUUUCAACUUCUGUAUCAGAAGUCAUUAUCAGAGUCAAGAAGGGAGAUGUUUUCAAUUGAAUGUUGUUGACAUCUGUUAAGGGGGUUUUGUUUUAAGUUGACACACCAGCCACUCAACAGAUGUUGACAACUACCUGCACAAUGCAAAUGAUUUAUUCAGGACUAUUGGGCUGGUUAUUCAUAUGAGGUCCAACCCAUACCAUGGUUUUUAUGUAAGCAGUGGGCCUAAGGGAUUCUCUAUAAGAGGGCUGAGUUAAUUAUUAAAUAAAUGUUGUUCCACUUGUAGCCUUCAGUCUUGACACCAUUCACAAAAAUACAUGCUCAGAUAAAAGGUUCGGUCUAAUAACUCAGUUUUGUUAAACAACGGUUCUUAACUUUGUUUAAGUAACCAGCUUUUAUUCAACAAAUGUCAGUCACUAAAUCUGACAAUAGUCCUUCUUAAGACUAUCAUUGCCCAGAAGAUCAGACCACACAUUCAAAUGUUACUCCUGGGUUCAAAGCAUUAAUUGUAAAAUGUAGCGUAAUUUCUCUUUUCAGUAACAUGCAAAGUCUGCAGUUCUAAAGCACUUCACACAAAUUGUCUUGUUUGCUGCAGUCAACGUAGUAGCAUGGCAAGACCUCUGGCAAUUGAUAUGUACUGUUAAUGACUUAUUGAAAAAAAACAGUAAUAAGUAAUUAGUGAAUCAUUUGUAGUGUAAGUAAUUAUCACAGAUACAAAUUACAGGAUUUAUGUUCUUCUGAAAUUCUUUUUCAGAUCUAGAUCUUACAAAAAAGGGAAGGCAACUUGAGUGUGUACAGUUUUUGUUAAAGGUGACCUGUAUUGUUGGCCAAGAAUACAGGAUCUUUCAUCUUUUUAGUGAUCGCAGAUCAUGAUGCAAUUUCUUUAAAAUGUCAGAGCUUACUUUACUUUCACAUAGCAUUUCAGUUUUGGCAGUAUAUUUCCCAGGAUUGGCAAUGGCUUGAUAAUAUUUAAAAUUAUUAAGAUGUAAUAUAAUGUUUAACAAUAUUUAUUGUCUGUGACAAAAAAUGUGCACGUAGCAAUUAAUAUAUAAAAUAUUUCAUAUUGGACCUGUUGAUGAUAACGAUCCACAGGCUUAGUGCAUUUCUAAGCUUUGAAAAAAAACCUGACUUUUGCUUUCAGGCUUUCAUUUCACUCUGUCUUGAGUGACAACAUAAGUCUGCAAAGAUUACAUUUUCACUGACAACACAUAUCUUGCAUCAGUCAUACUGAUGAGGCAUUCUUUUUAUUCACCUCAGGGGAAUUAAUGAUUCACUGAUGACAGUGGAAUACAUGAUUAGUCACCUCACUAGAGAAUUAGUAGAUGCAUUAUUUAAUGUUGAAAAUGCAGGUGGCAGGGUAAAUAAAUAUUUUGAAAUGUG